GUUAUGAUUUAAACAAAUACUUCAUAAAACCACCUAAGCAAAGUAAUAUAUUUAGUUUUAAGAUUAGAUCUAUACAUAACAAAAGAGUUAAAAUUAGUUGUAUAAAACUUUUUCAACAAUUCAAUAUUAAAAAUAAGAACAAUAUCUAUAGCCUAAAUCCAUCGUUUAAUAAAGUUAAUGUUAAAUAUUUCCAUUUGGAUAGUAUCCUCCUUUAAAUCAAUAGAUAUUUUAAAGAAAUAAGAACAUUAUUUAAGCAUAACCUGUACAAUAAAUUUAUGUUUAACCUGUCAAAAGUAUUACAAAUAGACCUUAAAUUACUUUAAAUAAUCUAUGUUUUAAUGAUGAUGAAAUGAUUGAACCACAAAAAUAAAUUAUCAAAUAAAACGUAAUGAAAUAUGAUUUAAAUAACAAUAUUAAAUUUGAAGUCAAAACUAUUUAUCAAGCGGUUAGAUUACUCAAUAAUAAAGCAUAAUAUUUACCUGGAAUAGUUAGCAUUAAAGCUUAAGAAAAAACUAUUUCAGAAAAUAAUAAAAAUGAAAGAGUUGGAGUAGAUUUGGUAAUUAUAUUUUUAUAUUCAUUAGAUUUGUUUAAUUGAUAUUAGUGGUAGUAUGAUAGGAAUUAAAAUUGAAAUGGUUAAAUAAUCUUUAAUUAUCUUACUUUAAUUUUUGGGAGAUAAUGAUAGGCUUCAAUUAAUUACUUUUGAUGAUAAAGCUUACAAGUUGACUCCUCUAAAGAGAGGAACAUAGAAGAAUAAAGAAUAUUUCACUUAAAUUAUUAAAUAUAUUUAAGCUGACGGAGGAAAUCAAAUUUCUGAAGCCACAUAAAUGGCAUUUUAAUAAUUAAAAUAUAGAAAAUAUGUUAAUAAUGUAACAUCCAUUUUCUUGCUUUCUGAUGGGGUUGAUUUUACCUUUCCAGCAAUAUAAACUUAAAUAAAAUCAGUUAAUGAAGUUUUUACAUUACAUACUUUUGGUUUUGGAGAAGAUCAUGAUGCUCCAAUGAUGACAUCAAUUUGUAAUUUAAAAAGUGGAAGUUUUUAUUUUGUCUAAGAUGUUACAUUAUUGGAUGAAUUCUUUGCAGAUGCUUUGGGUGGGCUUAUUUCAGUUGUUGGUGAAAAUUUAGAAAUUAAUAUUUCCUCUUCGGCACCUGCUCCUUAUUAAAACAUUUAAAUAUCCAAAACUUAUGGGAAUAUGUGGAAGAAAAAAGGAAAUAAAUAUUAAAUUACGUAACCUUAAUUAGCCUCUGGAUCCAGAAAAGAUUAUGUUUUUGAAUUAUUACUUCCUAAAUUUGAAGGGAGGGUUUAAGAUUAUCAAAGAAAUGUUGAAGUUAUUGAUGCAGAAUUUAAAAUUAGAGAUCCUGUUAAUGGUUCUUUUAUAAUAAAAAAAACGAAGAUGAUGUUAACUUUUUUUAAUCUUGAUGAAUAAAUCAACCAAAAUAUAAAUCUAGAUAUCGACGUCUAUGCUUAAUAUUUUAGAGUAAAAGGAACAGAAGUUAUUGAUCAAGCUAGAAAGGUAUGUGAAUAAAAUAAAAAUGAAGAUGCUUAAAAGCUGAUUGAUAAUAUGUUAAUACAAAUUUAGAAAAAUUAAAAUGUUGCUGCUCAAUGUGGUGGAAUUAUUUAAGAUUUGUAAUAAGCCAAACAAGCAUCAGAAAGAUAAUCAUAUGAUUUAUUUGGUCAAAAAUUAAUGUGUUAAAUGGUUAGUAACAAUUAUCAACAAUAAGGAGUGAAUUCUAUAUUUUCUGCAUCAGGAGUACAAAUGCAACAACCUACUGCAGCUUAAUACUAAAAUUGUUAAUAAUAAAGCAUGAUGUUUUAGGUAUAAAGAUAGAAACCUCCUUAUAAAUAUUAAUGA